CAGUGGCCAAAAAAGGUCUUCCAAGAAUUAUGGGAACUUGUGCAUCUUCCUUCAUCUCCAUGACGACAAAAUCACAAGGAAUAAAGAAUUUACCCACUCGAAGAGGAACAUCUUCAAGUAUACCAAGUGGAAACUUCACAGUCCUGUCAGCUAGUUGUAGAGAGAUGCGUGUGGGUUUUAGUUCGCCCAUGUUGAGUUGCUUGCAGAUAGAUAACGACAUGAGACUAACACUAGCCCCAAGAUCGCACAUAGCAUUCUUGAUAGCAAUGUCUCCAAGCUUGACAGGAAUGGAAUAGCUGCCCGGAUCUCCUAGCUUUUCUGGAAGCUUAUUCUGCAAAAUAGCACUACACUCAGCAGUUAGUGAAACAGUGACAUUUUCUUCAAUUUUUCGUUUGUUAGAGAGCAUGUCUUUCAAAAACUUAGCGUAGGAAGGCAUCUCAGAUAUGGCAUCCAAGAAGGGUAUGUUGAUGUGUAACUUCUUCAGAAUGUCAAGGAACUUCCCAUAUUUCUUUUCGAGUUUUGCCUGUGCCAAUCUUUGAGGGAACGGAACAGGUGGCUUGUAUGGUUUAAUAGGAACGACAGUGGGCUCCUCCUUCUCAGGCUUCUUAGCUUCAUCUUCCAAACCCGUCUUCUCUUGGACUUCCUCACUCAACUCUAUAACCUCUUUUGCAGUGUUGUGGUGCUCAGUUAUCCUCCUUGUAGGCUCUUGCAAUUCCUUACCGCUCCUCAAUGAAAUGGCAUUGAUAUGCCCUUUGGGAUUUGGUUCAGUUUGCCCAGGAAGUUGGCCUGAAGGUUUAGAGAGGUGGCUUAUUUGUUGGGCUAGUUGGGUCAUCUGACUCUCAUCAAUUUAUUAUGAGCAGUGAUUUGUUGGAGAGAGUUGUUGAAAAAGUCAUUCUGCUUGGCUUGGUAUUCAACUUGCUUAGCCUGAGAGGAAGCUAAAUUCUCCAUGAUAGUCUCAAGAUUGGGUCGAGAGGAUGAUGAUGAAGGGUUGAAUGGUGGUCUUUGUUGGAAACCAGGUGGCUGAGAGUAGUUGGUGUGUGGAGGUUGAGGUUGGUUAUUUUUGUAAGAGAAAUUUGGGUGAUGCUUCCAACCUGGGUUAAAUGUGUUUGAGUAUGGGUUAUUUUGUGGCCUUGUGUUUGUGUUUAGGAGGGCAUUGACAUGCUCAGUUCCUGCUCCCAUAUUAUUAUAUUGACACUCAGUAAAGGAGUGACCUUGCACUUCACAAAUCACACAAAUAGGCGCUACUGGUCCGCUACUCAACUGAUCAACUUUAGCUGCCAAAACUUCACAGUGUUAGUUAAGGUAGCAAUAGCAUCAACCUCAUACUUACCUCCCUUUUUAGGGGCUCCACGAGAUAUACCCAGUCAUUCAGGUAAUUGUUGGCAGCCAUAUCAUCCAACAAUGUCUUCGCGGCUUCUGGAGUUUUUGCCAUGAAAGUACCGCCAGAUGCGGCAUCAAUAGAACUUCGAACUUCAUGCUUCAGACCAUUGUAGAAUGUCUGAAUCAACAACCACUCAGGAAUGCCGUGGUGCGGACACUGCCUUUCCAAAGCCUUGUAUCUCUGCCAUGCUUCGUAGAGAGACUCCAAUUCAUGUUGUUGAAAGCCAGAUAUCUCGUUUCUGAACUUGGAAGUUCUCAUAGGAGGGAAGAAUUUGUAAAGGAAAGCCUUCUUCAGUUCUGGCCAUGUGGCAAUCUUCCUCACUUCUUCUUCCUUAAACCAUUCCUUUGCUUCGUCCCUGAGAGAGAAGGGAAAAGCACAAUACCGAAUUAAAUCGUCAGAAACAUUAGUUAAUUUCAAAGUAUUGCAUUUUUCUAAAAAAUUAGCCAAAUGAUCAGUAGGGCUCUCUUUGGGUGUUCCCGCAUAGGAAUCCUGUGAGAUAAACUGGAUGAAUUGUGGCUUGAGCUCAAAAUGAUUGGCAGCGGUUGCCGGGGACUAACUGACUUGCUCUGCUACAUAGUUGGGUAGUUGGUUAGGUAAUUACUUUUGAUAGGUGCGCGACACGCGCUUAAAAUGCUCAAAAAUUCGUCUCGCCCGACCGGUCGGGCGGAUUUCGCCCGGUCGGGCAGUCGUCAGGUGUCAUUUUCCUUCGUCGCGCCUGGCCGGGCGCUUUUCAACAGGUCUUCAUUCGCCUCGCCCGACCGCCCGGGCGGAUUUCGCCCGGUCGGGCCCGCAUGUUAAGUUUGCCUGGCAGCUUAACUUUUCUGAAAAUGCGCUAAGUAAGGUACGCCCGACCACCCGGGCGGAUUUCGCCCGGUCGGGCGCGGGAGCAAUUUCACUUGGAGUUUCAGCAUCUGAAUUCUGACUAAGUAAGAAUCGCCCGACCACUGGGGCGGAUUAUGCCCGGUCGGGCGGUUGCCAGAUUUUUGGGCUCGAUGUGAGAUUUUUGCACGUCCCGACUUCUUGUCUCAUGUAGCGAUCUCAAAGAUUAGGAAAUGCACCGAAAAUAGGUUAUUCCUACAAAAAUCAAUCUGAGAACACAACAACACUACAAGACACACAUUAGUACUAAAAAGGGCUCCGAAGAGCGCAAUUAACACCAAUAAUCCAUGAGAAAUGGGGGUAAAAUUCUAUAUAAAAUAGACAUAUCAAUCCUCCCUCCCCUUCUUUGUACUUUGUACUGGCUCAUAUGGAUAAAGAAAAAAACAAUUUUUUUUUUAAAAAAAAAUUAAGACCAACCCACAUACUUUUCUUGCGGGUCCCACCAACCUCUAGACCGACUUUCCCUUAUCCAAAUCCAUUAUCGUGCGCACGACUUAAAUGUACUUCUCCCUGCGCAAUUUAGCACACUUCCACAUCAUUCUUUCCUCGGACACCCUAAACCCUCGAACUCCCCUUCUUCUCCGUCGCUCUUUCUUUCUCUCUCCUCUUAAAUUCCCAACCUCACUUUCUCUCUCCUCCUUCUGCACUAAAAAUGGUUGGACAUCAAUACCAGUAUCACCAUUGGAUUGACAGAGGAGAUCUUUUAAAGGCCAAUGCUCACUUCUUGCAGCUUCAGCUCCGUCAACGCUUCCGCGUCGCCGUCGAUCGCCAUUUUUACCGUCGCCGAGAUUCUCUCUCCUCAGCCGUCGAUGGACGCGUUUCUUCCGUCGUUAAGCGUUGGUUUCACCGGAUUCGUGAUUUCCGUCGCCAAUCUCUCACUUCCUCUACCUCCGAUUGUACGUCUUCCGCUUUCUCCCGCUUAAAACGAGUUAAAAGGGAUAUUUAUGCUGAAGAAGAGUCAGCUAUCAUCCGCAUGCUUCAAGCUGUGGCAGUACCUGUUCUUGGGAAUGUUUGCCAUGUAUUUAUGCAUGGACUCAAUCGUGUCCAGGUUUAUGGUGCAGAAAAGUUACUUAAUGCUGUGCAGCGUAAAUCUAAAGACAAGCCUUUAAUAACAGUUAGUAAUCAUGUUGCUUCGAUGGAUGAUCCACUUGUUAUUGCGUCAUUGCUCCCUCCACAUGUUCUCAUGGAUGCUCAUAACUUAAGAUGGACCCUUUGUGCAACUGAUCGAUGUUUUAAAAAUCCUGUCACUUCUGCAUUCUUCCGUUUCUCCUGGUUGUGAUUGGGAUUUUAUCAGAAGUAUUCCUUUGGGCUGGACAUGGCUAUUUCUAAACUAAAUAAUGGCGGUUGGGUCCACAUCUUCCCUGAAGGUAGCCGGUCACGUAAUGGUGGUAGAACUAUGGGGACCGCCAAGAGGGGUGUUGGAAGGUUAGUCCUGGAUGCCGACAAAACUCCGAUUGUGGUCCCAUUUGUUCAUACUGGAAUGCAAGAAAUCAUGCCUGUUGGAGCCAGCUUCCCGAGGAUUGGCAAGACAGUGACGGUACUUAUUGGUGAUCCUGUGGAGUUUGAUGAUUUGCUCGACUCUGAAGGGACAGGGCUUGCGUCGAGAGAGAACUUAUAUGAUGCUGUGUCUGCACGAGUAGGUCAACGACUGAAUGAAUUAAAAGUCCAGGUAGACGAGUUGGCUUUCGAGAAACCGCGUAAAAUGAAAGAAUAUGCCUUAGAGGGCAUUGACCGAGCUGCUGAGAUCUUACAGCAGCUUGAUUGGGAAUCAUUUGGCAUGAGUAGUUAUACAUCAUAUCCUGAUGAGAUUCAAUUAUCUGAAUCAGAAAGGCAAAAUGAAGAAGUGGUUCCCUCACAUCAAGUGGAGUCUUUUACAAAUUAUAGCAAUAGGACAGGGAUUACUGAUGGUAUUUUGUCAAGAAUCCAGAGAUUUGUGGAUACCUCGGAGUGUAUGGGUUUUGCAGCAAGAGGUGCAUUGCUGAAUCAGUUAAAUCGUGGGCCUGUAGAUUAUCGGCAGUUGAAUCCCUUGAGGGCAUGGAAACAGUAUCUGGAAGCUAGUUAUGGUGCGAGAGUGCAUUUAUGCUAGCACUGUGUAGUUUAAGUCUAAUCUAACAAGCAUCUGUCUUCAGCGACGGCAAUAUUCUUUUGAGCUGGCUUGGCCCUUUCUUCAACAGGGUGUUACAUCAUCAGAGCGUCUUAUAAGCCUACAAAAUGUACAGAACUAAUGUUGUAUGAUAAAUGUAUAUAUGAACUAAUUACCUUUGUUCUGGAGAGCAAUGGUUGUCUCCAAGUUGGUGAAAGGAAUCUAUGUUGAAAAUUCUAACAGUGCAUGACUCUGUUUCUCCUCCAAUUCUUUGUCUGGGGAGUGAGGACACAACACCUUGGACAACUAAAAGAAAAUGGGCAGCGGCUAUGGACAUGGUUGUGUGACGGUGGCACUUAAGCUAGUAUUGCAGUGCUCGAUUGGUAGAGGAUACAGUUAUAUACGUGCGGCAUUGGCGCUCUAAGUUGGGAUUGCAGUUGGCUCAAAUGGUAUAGCGAACUCGUGGAUGGGAGAUGGAGUAAGCGAAAAACGAGAGUGAGGGAAAAUGGGAAAUGAAGGGAUUGGAUUCUUGUAUAAUGAACCAAACACAAGUGAACUAGGAAAGUGAAGGGAUCUUGGUUCAAAAUUUAAACAAAAAUCUAAAUGAUAAUGUAUGCUACCAGAUGUAAUGUACUAAUUAAUUAUAUUACAAUAUUCAUGUUUGUUUUUA